AUGGCUUUGCUUCAAUACCAGGCUCCGGUUGACUAUGCCGCCCAAUUAGAUGGCUUCAAGGACUUUUUGCAGAACUUCAAGUCCAUGCAGUCUACCGAUGAGGCUUCUGCGACCGAGGCCCUAAGGGGUUUAAAUAUCGACGGCAACCGCACCAGCGACGAGUAUGAUUUUAUGGACGAUGCCGAGGAAGGCACCAAUACCCGAAGCUCACGCACCCGCCAGCAAGUGAAGCAAAAGUACAUGCAGAUUCUGCAGGACGUUGCCAACAGAGACUCCUCGCACAUUUUGAUUGAAUUGGAUGAUCUCGACACUUAUGAGAAACUUUUCCCCGAGGAGGAACGAACCCUGAAAUUGGUCGAGUCCAUUCAAAAGAACACCAAGCGCUACAUCGAUGUUUUUUCACAGGCAGUGGAUGCGAUGAUGCCCGCGGGGACCAAGGAUACCAGUUUCAAGGAUGAUGUGUUGGAUAUUAUCAUGAGCCAGCGCAGCAAAGUCAACGAGACCCUGGAGAUGAACGCCGAGGCUGAUAUGGACACUUCCGUGGAUGCGAGCAUGUUCCCUCCGGAACUCACCCGCCGAUACACCCUUAACUUCAAGCCCAUCACACCCUCCGGCUCCAGUAGCGAUAUGAGUGGAAAGGCGCUCGCGGUUCGGAAUGUGCGCGGCGAGCACCUGGGUAGCUUGAUCACCGUGCGCGGUAUUACAACUCGUGUUUCGGAUGUCAAGCCAGCAGUUCUGAUCAAUGCUUACACUUGCGACCGCUGUGGAAGCGAAGUUUUCCAGCCCGUCGUUACCAAGCAGUUCACCCCCCUUUCAGAGUGCUUGUCCGAAGACUGCAAGAAGAACAACUCGAAGGGCCAGCUGUUCCUUUCCACCCGUGCCUCUAAGUUUGUUCCUUUCCAGGAAGUCAAGAUCCAGGAAAUGGCAGACCAAGUGCCAGUCGGUCACAUCCCACGAACCCUAACUGUUCACUGCCACGGAGCUCUGACUCGCACGGUCAACCCUGGUGACAUCGUUGAUAUCGGUGGCAUCUUCUUGCCCACUCCCUACACUGGCUUUAAGGCCAUUCGCGCUGGUCUUUUGACCGAUACCUACCUUGAGGCUCAGCACAUCACUCAACAUAAGAAGUCCUACCAGGACAUGGGUAUGGAUGCUCGCACUCUGCGCAAGAUUGAGCAGUACCAGAGUUCGGGCAACAUGUACGAGUACCUCUCUCGCUCUAUCGCCCCUGAGAUUUAUGGUCACCUCGAUGUGAAGAAGGCACUGCUCUUGCUCUUGAUUGGUGGUGUUACUAAGGAGAUGGGAGACGGCAUGCACAUUCGUGGUGAUAUAAACAUUUGCUUGAUGGGUGACCCCGGUGUGGCUAAAUCUCAAUUGCUUCGCUACAUCACCAAGGUUGCUCCUCGCGGUGUGUACACCACUGGUCGUGGUAGCAGUGGUGUUGGUUUGACUGCUGCCGUUAUGAGAGAUCCGGUGACCGAUGAGAUGGUGCUGGAGGGAGGUGCUCUGGUUCUUGCCGACAACGGUAUCUGCUGUAUUGAUGAGUUUGACAAGAUGGAAGACUCCGACCGAACUGCCAUCCACGAAGUUAUGGAACAGCAGACCAUUUCUAUUUCCAAGGCUGGUAUCAACACCACCCUAAACGCCCGUACCUCGAUCCUGGCAGCUGCCAACCCGCUGUAUGGCCGAUACAACCCUCGCAUCUCCCCCGUUGAGAACAUCAACCUUCCCGCUGCCCUGCUGUCCCGUUUCGAUGUCAUGUUCCUGCUCCUGGAUACUCCUUCUCGUGACACCGAUGAGGAACUGGCCAACCACGUUACCUAUGUCCACAUGCACAACAAGCACCCUGAGACAGAGGAUUCCGGAAUCAUGUUCACCCCUCACGAGGUCCGCCAAUACAUUGCCAAGGCACGCACCUUCCGUCCCAUCGUUCCUUCCAACGUCUCCGAUUACAUGGUUGGCGCAUACGUUGCCAUGCGUAAGAGACAGAAGAAGGACGAGGCCAAGAGGCAGCAGUUCUCGCACGUGACACCCCGUACUUUGCUCGGUAUUGUUCGUCUCUCACAAGCGCUGGCCCGUCUUCGGUUCAGCGAAGAGGUUGUCCGCGAGGAUGUCGAUGAGGCGCUGCGCAUCAUCGAAGUCAGCAAGUCGUCGCUUUACAACGACCGGGAAGCUGGUGCCGACCACACCCCCACUAGCAAGAUCUACACACUGAUCCGCAACCUGUGGGAGAGUGGUGCUGCCGCUGUGGGAGAUGACGAUGAUGAUAACGCUAUGAGCAUCCGACGUAUUCGGGAGCGAGUGCUGGCUAAGGGUUUCACCGACGAUCAGCUUACCACUGCUAUCCACGAGUACACAAACAUGAACGUUUGGCAAACUUCUGACAACGGUGCGCGUCUCAUGUUCGUCAAUGCGGACGACGAAAUGAUGGGUUAA